AUGGCAUUGUUACUCGAGGACAGCAAUACGGUGGCAGAAAGGAUUUUGAGGACCCAUCUAUUGAGUUUUUUAGGCGUGAUGCCAGCAUACAGUGCAAAGGAUGAUGCCUUGGUAACAAAACUUGUCAGAUUUUACCAAGCCAACAGCUCUGCCUCCAGCUCUCAUCAUGCAACAGUGCUGCUGUUUGACCCAAGCAAUGGCAUCUUAAAGGCAGUGAUGGAUGGAAGAGUGAUCACUGAAAAGAGAACUGCUGCAGUUUCUGCCAUAGCAACCAAGUACCUCAAACCUAAGAACCUGGAUGUAUUAUGUAUUCUGGGAGCUGGACCAGAGGCUGUCAGUCACUAUGAAAUCUUCACCAAAAUGUUUCCAUUCAAGCAGGUAAAGGUGUGGAGCCGAACUCGAGAACGAGUUGAAAAGUUUGCGAAAACAGUUGGGGGACCAGUGACAAUUUGUGCUUCAGCAAAGGAAGCUGUUCUUGAUGCUGAUGUAGUGAUAACAGUCACCAUGGCAACAGAGCCCAUCCUGUUUGGAGAAUGGGUAAAGCCUGGAGCACAUGUUAAUGCUGUUGGAGCUUGUCGACCAGAUUGGAGGGAGCUGGAUGAUGGACUAAUGAAGAAUGCUGUCCUGUAUGUGGAUAGCAGAGAAGGAGCCAUUAGAGAGUCAGGAGAUGUCAUCCUCUCGGGUGCUGAAAUCUUUGCAGAACUGGGAGAAGUGGUGAAAGGAACCAAACCUGCUGUGCGUGACAGGACCACAGUUUUCAAAUCAUUGGGCAUGGCCAUUGAAGACACAGUUACUGCAAAGCUGGUAUUUGAUUGUUGGGAAGGUAAAAAUAAACAGAAAUCCUAACAUCUUACAAUUUUUGUUCUGUAGAAUACUGUUUCACAAAAUCAGAUUAUGUUAAUCAGAAUAAUGGGACUGCUCAAACAAAUUAAAGAUGUAUUUAGUUCAGCUUGUGAAAACACAAAUCUACAAUUAAUACGUUAGAAAAAGACCUCUCAGCUUGUACAAAUACAGUGUCAGUUGUUGAACUUCAAUCCAACUGUUACCAACAUUUGUUACAUGAUUGAUUGCAUAAUGUUAUAAAAUGAUACAAAAUGA